AUGUUUCGCCUGAUAUUAGCCACUCCGCCAACUGCUUUGCCUGGGAUGAGUCUGUCGGCAAAUAGCGUGGUGGAUGGAGGGAAGCAUCAAACCUCUCAUAUUCAUCAUGAGAUUGAUGCUCAUCAGAACCUGUUCCAUUCUCAAAGCGAUCAAACUGGAUUCAAGAACAGUCCAUACUUGAACAAGUCUGAAUCAAUGCAAUAUUAUAAACUAGCUAAGUCCUCAGCAAAUUCAUUCUUGAAAGGGUCAUCUACGCCUACUCUGAGUAGUGGAGGAAGUCCUGCAUCAUCUCAGUAUCAUAACAUUGAUAGUCUGAAUUCAUCUUUACCAAACCAUGGGUUUGGUGGUUUUGCUAUCAAUCCAUGGAAAUCAGCUUGGUGGUGGUAA